ACCCCUCCCUCGCCUCACCCAUACAAAUGCGCCUGUCAAUGGCGGCGACGAGGUCCGGAGCCGGAGAGGCCGCAGCGUAGGCGGCAGGAAGUGGACAUGGCAAGCCCGUUGGACAGCUCGAGCGGCAUGUGGGCAGCGCUCGGGCAGGCCUCGAACGUGGCGCAGCUGGUCGGCGUGGAUGCGCUCGGGCUGGUGUCCAUGGUUGUGCAGGCCGCGCUGGCGGCGCGGCGCCACCGGGACGCGUGCCGGCGGCUGGCGCAGCAUGUGGAGCUCGUCGGAGGCCUGCUUCGAGAGCUGGAACUCGCCGAGCUGAUGCGGAGGGAGGCCACGCGGCGCCCUCUCGAGCAGCUCCGCUGUGCGCUGCGGCGGUGCUACGCGCUCGUCACGGCGUGCCAGGACUGCGGGUACCUCCGCAGCCUGCUCGUCGGCGCCCGGAUGGCCGACGAGCUCCGCGCCGCGGAGCAGGAGAUCGACAUGUUCAUCCGCCUCGUCCCGCUCAUCGCACUCGUCGACACUACUCAUGAUCGUCGGGCUAAGUCUGCAGAGGGUGUGCCAAGUGUGGUCGCAAGCUAUUCAAACCUUCACACAAGGAUUCCAAGAAGAGCUGCGGAGCUCACUGAAAUAAAUGCUCAAGGAGCCGUUGUACCUUGUAAAGUUGGGGGACAACUGUUAGAAGGAACAUUGGAAUUGCAAGAACAGAAAAUCAUGGAUGUGGAAGAGUUGGUGAAGCUUUGUACUCGAACUGAAGCGAGCUGCCCAGGAUUCAAAAAGUUUGAUUUCUUUCAGAUUGUGGAUGGCACAGACAAUUUUUCGGGGAAAAGAAUUGUUGGAAGGGGUGGAUUUGGUACAGUUUACAAGGCUCAGUUGACCAAUGGAAUCAUGGUUGCCAUAAAAAGAUUGGAUGAACAUGCAACAGUAUUUGACAGUGAAUUGCAACUUGCAAGUCUUCAACAUAUCAAUCUUAUUAGGUUACUGGGGUGGUGUGUAAAUGGAAAAGAAAGGAUUCUAGUGUAUGAGUUCAUGGACAAUGGCAGCUUGGACCGCAUCAUCUUUGAGAAAACAAAGGGGGCAUUGCUAAACUGGCAUAAGCGACUUCAGAUAAUUAAAGGGUUAGCUGAUGGGCUUGUUUACAUGCACAAGCACUCGCGUUCAUGUAUCAUACAUGGGGACUUGAAAUCAGAAAACAUCCUCUUAGAUCGGGACAUGAACCCAAAGAUCGCUGAUUUUGGAUCAGCUAGAGCACUGAGUUCAGAUAUAGCAGAAGGGCGUACAAUCAGGAUUGUGGGAACCAGUGGUUACAUAGCUCCGGAGUAUGCAUCUCGAGGCCUUUAUUCAGUCAAGAUAGACGUGUUUGGCUUUGGGGUGUUGGCUCUUGUGAUCAUUAGUGGGCGAAGGAAUACCAUACUAGAGCAGAAAGGAGACACCGUUGGUAACCUCGUGCGAGAUGCAUGGCAACUGUGGAAUGAUGGAAGACUACAUGACCUUAUCGACCCAUUGUUGAGUGACGGAUAUGAAAUUGCUAAGAUAGUGAGAUGUGCUCAGGUGGCACUGCUAUGUGCUCAGGAAGAUCCAGCAGAUCGCCCCACCAUGUCAGAUGUUGUUGCACUCCUGAACUUUGAAAGCACAAGUUUAUUACCGGAUCCUAAACCGCCAUCUGCGCUGAUUAACAGAGGUGCUACCGAUGACAAGUUAUCGACAUACAUUAGUCAAUCAAGCAGGACAAUAGAUAUAACCAUCACAAGUUCAGCUCCAGUGUCAACUAGAAUCCGCAUCAUUGUAGACCCAGAUACCUGAUAUGAUACAAAGCAUUUUAUAGCUGAAAGUUGAAAUGUGAUCCCUGAUUAGCGUGCAAA